CACAUCACACGAUAGAUAAAUGUAGUAGUGUCACUCCCAUUACAUUGCAUAAUAAUUAACACUUGACGAUACCAGUUUUUUGCUAACUCAAAAGGCAUAUAAUACGUUAUUGACACCGAACGAAAGAAACGCAGCAGCGUCUGUGAGCUAUGGCGGAGGAGGAGGAAGACGACGAGAGCUUCGGCGAGUUCACGUUCGCGUCGUUUCCGAGUCAACCAACCUCAAACGACACCAAUCCCCUCGACGACGACGAUUGGGGCGACUUCAUGAACCAUUCCAACCGGAUCAACGGCAAACCCUUCGACUCGUUCGGGCUUCCCACGGAUCCCACGAACAAACACGUGAACGACGACAAAGGCGUUGCCGUUCAGGCCGAGGCAGCGAAAAAUCCCAAGGGAGCUAUUCCGCUUUCGAUCUUCGGCGAGGAAGAGGGAGAAGAAGAGGAGAAACCCGCUUCUGCCAAUGUUUUCUCCAACGGCGGCGGUGGUGCGGUGAAAAGGGGAUCCGGUUCGAACGGGUCUGUUGGAAUCAGUGAUUUGAUUUCCAGGUUGUAUAAUCAGCAGCGCCCUCAGGUGGAUUCUCACAACAACGGAUCGGUUUCGGUAUCCAAUGUUGCUGCUCCCAAUCCGACGUACUCGAACGGAAGCAAAUUAAAUUCGGAUGAGGAUGAGGAUGGAUGGGAAUUCAAGUCUGCGGAAUGGGAAACUGGAACCAAGAGCCAGGAUGUUAAGGCUGAAACACCAAAGCAUGAUAAUGGUGCUCUUGAUGUUGGUACUGUGUUGGAUUCAUCCAAUGGGAUUUUAGACAAAGCUGGCAGAUGGCACGUGGAGUUUGAGUUCAGUCCACAUUCUGCAUCGCAAGAUCAUGUUAACCCACAACCAAGUCCAGAAAGUGAAUCAAAUGACAUUGGAACUGGGUUUGCCAUGUUCAGUCAAAAUUUUGGGGAGUUUAGUUCAGGGUCAGGGCCAAAUCAAAAUUUGGAAGUACUGAAGAAGGCUGACAUUUAUCCCACUAAUAUGGAAUUACUGAAAUUUGAAGGUGCAACUCCCCAUGGUAUUAUUGAUUCAUCUCUCACAUCAGAAUCUAAUCAACCUGAUGGAUGGAACUUUGGAUUUAAUUUCAAUUCUAGUUCUGUCGGUGAAGACAAUCAUAGUUCAGAUUCAUAUUUCAAAACCAAAAACAAUCAGGAUGAUAACAACAGAAACAAUGCUUCCCCAACUAAUAUAAAUGUUGAUUCACAUGUCAAUUUCUUUGAAUCAGAGAGUGAUGUUACAAAACAUGAGUAUUCUUUCUAUUUCCAGAAGCCCCUAACAAGCUCAGAGAAUCGUAGGGAAGCCAUGCCUCUGUCAAUUUUUGGUGAUGAGACACCAGAUACUGAUAAACAUCCUGUGACUCAAGAUUUAUCUCCCUAUACACCAACAUCCCCAAUAAGGAACAGCUUCAACAGCCCUGGUUCCAACUUUUCUAUCAAUGACAUAUGGAAUUUAUAUAAUCAAGCUGAAAACCAAAGUUCUCCUAAUAUGACACCAAAAGCAAGUGAAAAUCAGAUUCAUGCCUCCCCUGAAGUAUUGGGCUCCAGUUUGGUUACCAGUAAUGAUAAUUUAGAUGAUGACUUCUGGGACUAUAAGGAUGCUGCAACUGAAACAAGAUUUACCAAUGAAUCUGCACAGAAAACUUCUUCACCACAAGUCAAUGAGAAUGUGUUGCAGUCUUCCCCAACAUUUUUAAAUUCUGAUUUGACCUACGGUGAUGAUGAUUUUGUGGAUGAUUCAUGGGUGUUUAAGGAUGCUAUCUCUGGAACAAUAAGUCAAGAUCACACACCUUCUCUCGAUCACAGAGAUUUACCACAGUUAUCAACAAAACUAGAGCAGGUUGAUUAUGCAGAGUUUUAUAGCAAAGUGAAGGAUGAAUUGUGCAAUUAUGUUCUGUUCCAUCUUCAGAAUCUCAAGAAAACUCAAAAUGUUGCUGCUCUUUCGGGUGAAGAUGCCAAAGCAAAAGCUCUUCUGGAGGAAAUUCAGGAAUUCUCCAAGAUACUGCAUCAGGAUAAUAUGAGCAUCCCCAAUGAAUAUCUCUCUGAGGAUUAUUGCCCAAGAAAUGUCUGCUUUAAUGAACUUCUUGAUGUUUUGAAGGAACCUAAGUUCCAACCUUUUGAGUCAGAAUACCAACUAGCUUCAAGGUUGUUGAUGGCCGAGAAGGAUAUUAAAUGUGUUAUGGAACUUUUGAAAGAUACAGUAUCAACAUUAAGAAUUCUCAAGCUGGGAUCAACAGAAGAACAAUCUAAUUAUCUUACCAUAUGGUCCAAAAUAGCCUUUGUUUGUUCUCAAGAGCUGAAACAUGGUGCUUAUGUUUGGAAGCAAGCUGUACUACAGAAUACCCAUGACCAGAUAUUAUCUAGCCCGAAAGGUGUUCAGUUUAUCCUUGCACUCGGAGAAAUUUAUAGAGUGGCAGAAAUUAUUGGAACUUCAGCCAAACUUCACAAACCUUGGAUGUUAUCAGGUGCCACAGAUCACAAAAGUUUGUGUGCCCUUUUGAACGAAUGUUAUGGCAUAUGGUUGGCUUCAGGACUUGAAGAAGCUAUUUUGAGUAUAUCAAAUUGGAAUAAUUUUGAGCCAGAUGGCAUUUCAAGGGAAUUAGUUGAAUCCAUCAAGUAUAUUCACGAGCUUGAUGAACAUGCACUUCAGAGCUUUGUCAUCUCUGGAGAACAAACUACUUGCCAGUUGUCAGCCUUGCCAGCUGGUUUCAUACCAGGAUUAAAUUUGGUUGCAUGGAAUGGGAAGCAUUACAUCGUCAAGCUAGCAAACUUGUGGGUCAAUCUAAUAAGCUCAGAUCCACCAAAGUGAAACCUGCCAAUUCAAUUAUGUCUCUUACAACGAGUAGACUCUUCCUUUCGCUUUGUCAUGGUGUGUUGUUGAGUUCUUUUCUCUUUAAGAAAAAUCAGUGUGAGAUUGUGGCGGGAUCCAUUGUUUUGUUAGUGGGGUGAGGCCUUUGGCUCACUGGCAGCAGUUGUAGUGAAAGGAGAUUGUGUAUCGGGCAAAGUCACCAAUUAAGUUCAUUCUUUCUUCAAUAGGUUACAAUUCUUUCGGCGGAAGCUUUAGAGCAAUAGCCGCAUGUUACAGGUGUAAGAUGUAUUACUAGUGUUAACGAAGAACUAUAGUACUACAGAGAGUAUAAUUCUGGAUACGAUCCAGUUCUGCAGAUGGAACGAUAUUGCGUAGUAAUCAAAUGAUUCUGGUGUUGUAAAGUAACCGGGAUUCUUCCCUUAACAAUUUUACACAAUAGUUUUUUUUUGGGCAUGAUUUAAAUUAUGAAUACUAUUAUUUUAAAUUUGAAAA